AUGUCUUCACACGAGCUUUAUCGCUACACCCCGUCUUUGGCGGCAGCAGUUCUCUUCAUAGUUUUGUUCAUCUUCAUAACAGCCUAUCAUGCCUACCAAAUGGCCCAAGCGCGAGCCUGGUAUUUUACCUGCUUUGUGCUGGGCGGAAUAUUCCAAAUCAUUGGAUACAUUGCGCGUGCAUUAGCACAUAGCAACACCCAAAGCAUACCCAUAUACGCUAUGCAAGCUAUCCUAAUUUUACUCGCACCACCUCUCUAUGCUGCGACGAUCUACAUGACACUCGGACGGCUUAUUACUCUCCUCGACGCGGAAAGACUGAGUCUUGUACCAAUCAGAUGGCUUACGGCGGUUUUCGUCACUGGAGAUGUACUAUCUUUUCUUCUGCAAGGAGCUGGCGGCGGCAUUAUGGCCAGCGGCACUCUCAGCGGAAUGACCACCGGUGAAAACGUAAUCAUGGGUGGACUAGCCAUCCAACUCAUCUUCUUCAGUGUUUUUGUGAUAGUUGCGACACUCUUUCACUAUCGCAUCCAUCAAAAUCCCACAGAGAAGUCGAUGUCUACGUGCAUUGCGCGGAGUGGUUGGCGCACCCCUAAUUGGGAGACGACUAUGGUAGGAUUAUAUAUCGCCAGUAUACUAAUCUUGAUACGGUCGGUUUUUCGCAUGAUCGAGUAUGCUGGCGGGAAUGAUGGAUAUUUGAUGAGCCAUGAGGCUUUCAGCUAUGUUUUUGAUGCGAUGCUGAUGUUCUUUGCGAUGAUUGUGAUUAGCGUACUUCAUCCGUCUAAGGUUCUGGGUUCGGGCAAAGCGGAGAAGGCGGAUAAAAGGGAGAGUGUACAGUUGCAGAGGUUGUAUUCUGCUUGA